UGUGGGUUGAGGGGUGUUGUGGUCCUGCGAGCGAGUGUGUUUUGUGUGUGUGGGUGUGGCGUGUGGUGUGAGGGUGAGGAGGUGUUGUGUUGUGAGCGGUCGUGGUCAGUGGUGGUGUGUUGUUCUGUGUGAGCAAGUUGGUGUAGACAGCCGCACAACCACACAAGCACAGGGACAAGCACAACAAAGAAGAACAACACAGGCGCUCUCGCUAUGCGCGUGUUUGCUACGGUGUUCGUGCAUGUGGAAAAUGACUGACGUUUUGUGGUUGUUGAUGCCGUGCUUUGUUGUUGUUGUUGUUGCUGCGAUUGCUCCUUCAGCAUCGUCAUCGUCAUCGUCAUCGUCAUCGUCAUCGUCAUCGUCAUCGUCAUCGUCAUCGUCAUCCAACAUUAUCGUCGUUAUUGCCAUCAACAUAAUCAUCAUGGGACAAGGGGGAUCGAAGAAGGGCGCUGGCGGCAAGCUGCCCAAGACGGGGCCAGCCUCUCAAAAAGGGGCGUUGGUGUUUCGCGUGCGGGAGAGCGACUACAACCUGGAAGGCUUCUUGGUGGUGGCCAACGACACGAUUCACUUCCAACCAAAGGCUUCGUCUGCCAUCAAAUCGUUCAGUCUGAAGCAUUUGCGAUCAUACGGACAGCAAGACGGGGUGUUCUCGUUCAAGACGGGGCGGGCGGCCUCGGAGCCAGAGAAGCUGUUCCGAUACACUGUCGUGGAUGGCUCGGACAUCCACGCCGCCUUGAAGCGGCACGUGACCCGCGUCAAGUCCACCCGCGACAUGCAGAAGUCGACGAGCGGAUCGUCACUGCCGCGCCCACUGCCGGCAACGCCGUCCUCAGCAUCGUCCGGGUAUGAGCAGCCAGGGAUGCACCCCGCCCCAGACUACGCGCAGCCAACAGACCUGCAGCAGCAGCCGCAGUAUGUGCAGCCGGACCCGGCCAGGCAGCAGCCCGACGACUACUUUGACACAGACGGCGCCAACCACGCCGAGUACGCGCGUGCCAACUACAGCGCACAGGACACGACAUACGACAGCCUGGACCAGACCACGCGGACAACCGCGCCGGCUCGCCGCCACCAGCAACAGCAGCAGCAGCGGGGCGGUGGGCAGCCCGUGUACUCGCACCUGCAGCACGAGGGCGGACCGGAGCAGGUGUACAGCAGCCUGGACCACAGCACGCAGCAGACGACGUUCCACAGCACGGCGGGCGGCAUCUACAAGGAGCUCAACAGGAGCGAGCAGACAUACAACUCGCUCGAGGGCACACACAUGCGCGCCCCCACGUCGGCAGAGAACCCGCACUUCUACGACCGCCUCAACUAG